AUGUCCGUACUUGCACCAAUGCCAAACAAAGGCCGACAAUUACCCGCUGGCCAGAAGCUUGGUGGAUGGAUCCCGUCACCCCAUCAGCGUGCCGUACUCCGUAAGUACAUGUACUUGUCUGCGCAACUGUAUGGGCAUUACUUACUUGAACAUGGCGCCUUGGCAUCUCCUUUCCACGAAAACUCCCCCACCAGUCGAGAAAACGGGAAAGAGGAAGCAGGACCAUCGAUAGACGAGGAGAGGACAUUCGAAGCCAUGUCCGCCAAAGUCCCCCGCAACUUCCGCCUGCUGGAGGAGCUCGAGAAGGGAGAGAAGGGGCUCGGUGCCGAGGCUUGCAGCUACGGCCUUGAGGAUGGCGAGGAUCUCCUCAUGAGCAACUGGAACGGCACUAUCCUGGGCCCUCCUCACAGCGUCCACGAGAACCGCAUCUACAGUGUCAAGAUGCACUGCGGCGAGCGAUACCCCGACGAGCCGCCGACGAUUCAAUUUGUCAGCCAGGUCAAUCUGCCUUGCGUCAACCCACGCAACGGCGUCGUUGAUCCCAAGCAGCUGCCUUGUCUGGCGCAGUGGAAGCGUGAGAACACCAUGGAGACGGUCCUCAUCGAGCUUCGAAGAUAUAUGGCUGCCCCUGCCAACAAGAAGAUCCCGCAGCCGCCCGAAGGCACGACCUACUCAUAG